GCACACCGAAUAAGAGAACAGCUUCCAGCUCCCCAUCCAUUCAUUCAUCCAUCGGUCAGGCGAAAUGAAGUCCGUCCAAGCCGUCGCCCUGGUCUUCCUCGGCCUCAUCGCCCUCUCUCACUGCUUCCAGGUCAACCCUACAUCGCCAUCCUUGUUGCGGGCCCAGAGGACAUCUGCACUAUCGCGCGGCGACAUCCAGAAGGGUGCCACUGCUCUCGGCGCCCUCGCGCCCCUUGCAUCUCUCGUCGACCAGGCCUCAGCCUCAUCGCUGGACGGCAUCCCGACGGACCUGCUGGCUUAUGACAGUGCCAGCUUCGGCGGCAAUGCCCUCACCAUUGCAGGCUUGUUCGCCAUCUUCAUCAUCAUCCUUCUCCUGGCUCCCCCGGUGCGCUGCGCAUGCAUGGGACGAACAAACACGGAUCCGACUUGUUCGUUCUUACACACUGUGUGUUUGUGUGUUUGGUUGGCUGAUUGUGGUGGUGUGUGCAGCUCAAGGGCGAGCCUGGCGAGCAGAUCUGAGCGAAGAUGUGACUACUGCAUGGGGUGUGGGCGAGUGCUGUUUUUGAGUGCUGGUUGGUUGGUGUGUCGUGCGUCAGCGCAUUUGCGUUGUGGCUGAG